CAACGUGCAACGAAUGACGUCACGCAGGUCAAAGAAGCUUGAAAAUUAAAAUACAGUGAAAAAACUGCAACGUAAAAACAAGAAUCGAAUACAUUAAAAUGCUCUUUUAUGAUGUGUUUCCAAGUAAUAUUUGAGUGUGUUUAAAAGUUUUGGGUCACUUAGAAAUGUCCUUUUUUUGACAGAAAGGCACUUUUUUGCAUUGAAGACAACUUUAAACGACUCAGAAGUACACUGUUUACAUCACUAAUGUGGUAAAUGACUAUUCUAGCUGCAAAUGUCUGAUUUUGGUGCAAUAUUUACUUAGGUGUAUAGAGGCCCAUUUCCAGCAACUGUCACUGCAGUGUAGUAAUGGUACACUGUGUCUGCUCAUUGCAUCAGAAGGCCCAGAUUACCAGAUUACCUCAACAAAUUACCAUCCAGAAUGCCAAAGGUCUGCAAUGCUGUGAUUGCUGCAAAUGGAGGAUUCUUUGACAAGUGCAAAGUUUGAAUAUUAAAAAAUAUAUUAUUUCAAAUACAAAUCAUUAUUUUUAAUCUUUUCAAUGUGACUCUUUUCAUUUUACAACUCAUGCUGUCAAAAAAAGUGUGACUUCAACACAAAAUUGUCUGGGUGACCCCAAACUUUUAAACGGUAUUGUACAUUAUUGAAAUGUGACUACUGGUAUAAUUUCUACAAAAUAGUGCAAAGAAAAUGCACCCUAAAAGGACAAAAUUGUAUCAAUUAAAAGCAAUGUAUUACAUCAAGUAUUGUGUAAUACACUUCUUUUUUAGUUCAUCAUUGAAUUUAGUUUUUGUCCUAAGUGGCCAAUUACACAAAUUUGGGCUUUGGCCGUCUACCUUCAAAGAUUAGGUCAAUUACUACUACAAACGGAAACCGUUUGAGUAACUCUAAUAAAGAUCUGCAUUAUGCAGCACAACACCUUCUUGUUCUGUGUCACUGUUCUGCUGAGCCGACCUCAGGACCCCAAACAUUUCCUCUUUCCUCAGCUAUGAAAGGAAACACCUGAGGGCUAAAAUCAAGACGUGCAGGGGACCCAGUGAUUCAUACUACACCUUCUUUCUUUUCUUGAGCUGGUUCCCACUUCCCACCUGCCUUUGUUCAUUAUAGACCAGAGCAAGCCUUUUAUUAUGCAAAUCUCAGCUCAUGAAAGGGCCUUGAAGAGGCAGCAGCAUAAUAUAAACACCUGGCUGGGAAGCCCCACAGUUGUCUAUAGAGAUCUCCAGAACCACAAAUCCACUUUGUGAGUGUGCAGGUUUUUUGUAGCUAUGGCCAGAUCCCGCAUAGGCGCCACUGAGAGAUGCCUACGCAUUUGUUUUGAGGUGAUGGGCCAUUUCAUCGGGUCAUAUCCCUGGUGGUUCCUGAUCGCCCCAGUCAUUCUCUCCGCAGGUCUCGGAAGCGGGUUUUAUUUUCUGCAGGACAGGAUGUCCAACAAUAUCGAGGAGCAGUUCACGCCUGCUGACGCAAAAGCCAAGACGGAGAGAAAAUACAUAGAAGAAACAUUUCCAGGGAACUAUUCUAUGUUUUCAAGUUUAAGGCUGAGCACCGGUGGGAUUUAUGCAACUCUCAUCGCUACAAGCGAUGGGAAUAUUCUAGCAGCAGAACCACUUCAGGACCUCCUAGACCUCGACCUAAAGAUUAGGACGAUGCCGAUUCAGCUCGACCACCAGUCAUUUGACUAUUCAGAUGUGUGUGCAGACAUUUUGGGGGUCUGCACCUCUAAUGGUAUUUUAGAUAUUAUUAAAUAUGACGCCAACAACAUAGACACCCUUAACUUGACAUUUCCAUGGUAUCACUCAGAGACUCGGCCCAUUCCCUUACAUUUAAGUCUAGGGAGUGUGAUAGUGAACGGGAGCUCAGUUGUUGAAAGCGCUAAAGCCAUACAGCUCCAUUAUUAUUUACAAAAGGACGACAAAGCAAAAAUAGAUCUGUGGUUGGAAAGCUUCCUUCAUUUGGUCUCAAAUCACUCCUCAACUUUUAUUCAGGUGUCCUACUCUACCUCCAUGUCAAUGCAGUGGGAGUUUGAAAAGUCUUCAGCCUCAGUGAUCCAUCUAUUCUCCACCACUUAUGCCAUUAGCAUCAUAUUUUCAAUUAUAUCAUGUUGGAGGUUGGACAAUGUGCGGACAAAAGUGUGGGUGGCACUCUGUGGUGUCCUCUCCACAGGUCUUGCGAUCCUAAGCAGUUUUGGAGCUCUGCUGCUGCUGGGCCAACCUUUUGUCAUGACAGUUGCCUCCUGUCCUUUCCUAGUAUUAGGCAUUGGACUUGAUGACAUGUUUAUCAUGAUCUCCUGCUGGCAGAGGACCCGUGUUCUGGACAGUGUCCCUGAGCGGCUGGCCCGCACCUACAAGGAUGCAGCCAUCUCCAUCACCAUCACCACCCUGACAGAUGCCCUGGCUCUGUUGCUGGGUUACAGCUCACCGUUCGGCUCAGUUCGAUCCUUCUGCCUUUACGCUGCUAUAUCUGUUUGCUUCUGCUAUUUGUACAACAUCACGUUUCUGGGUGCUUCUUUAGCUCUGAAUGGACAGAGAGAGGCAGGAAACAAGCAUUGGUUCACCUGUGCCAAAAUCCCAGAAGAAGUACCAUCUAGAAAUUCAAAAGCUUUCAGUAUCUGCUGUGUUGGAGGAAGCUACGAUCGAAUCAGCGAAACAGAGGAAACUGAGCCGUUGAGACGCAUAGUGGAGAAGUUCUAUGGCCCAUUUCUGACCCACAAAUUGAUAAAAGCCUCUGUAUUUGUUAUCUACGCUGUCUAUCUGGCUGUGAGUAUUUUUGGUUGCUUGAUGUUAAAGGAGGGGCUUGACGUCGGUAACCUGGCUUUGGAGGAUUCCUACCUCACUAGCUACUACAACAAUCACAGGCAGCAUUUUUCUGAAUAUAGCUACAAUGUGAUGGUCGCAGUGAAGCAGAGCGUUGUUUACUGGAAAGAAGCCGAACGGGAGAUUUUGCUUUCAUGCAUUUCAAAUAUUGAGAGUCUAGACUUUGUCGACAGCACACACGCUUGGUUUCUUUCCUUUCAACGGUACACAACUGCAGCCAAUGUCAACAUGAGCUCUCAAGACAGCUUUCAAAUCCAUCUCCCCCGAUUCUUGGAGCUCAGACCCAUGUUCAGGCAAGACAUCAACUUCACCACAGACGAUCAUAUUCAGGCAUCUCGUUUCUUCAUACAGACACUCAACAAAGCCACAACGGAGGACCUGAUGACUGGACUCCGGAAAGCUGCAGCCGACUGUCCCUUAGAGCUGCUGGUGUACCACCCUGCUUUUAUCUACUAUGACCAGUAUGCCGUCAUCAUGGGUGACACCAUUCAAACCAUGGUGGCUGCCAUGGCGACAAUGUUAGUGGUCUCACUCAUACUCAUACCAAACCUUCUCUGUUCUGCGUGGGUGGCUUUUGCAAUGUGUUCGGUCAUCGCUGGUGUGAUGGGAUUCAUGGCCCUGUGGGGUGUCACCCUGGAUUCCAUUUCUAUGAUCAACCUAGUCAUGUGCAUCGGUUUCUCAGUCGACUUCUCAGCACAUGUUACUUACUCGUUUGCCUCAAGCGCCAAGAGUGACGUCAAUCAGAAGGCUGUGGACGCUCUGUCCCACGCAGGCUGUCCGAUACUGCAGGGAGCACUGUCCACCGUUCUGGGAGUGGUGGUGCUGUCCAUGUCGGGGAGUUAUAUCUUCAGGACAUUUUUUAAGAUCGUGUUCCUUGUGACUAUGUUCGGCCUUCUCCAUGGCUUAGUGUUCAUCCCAGUGUUUUUGACACUACUGGGAAGUGGGAAGUGGUGUUAAAGUUGUCUUAAAGAUGUUUUUACCCUUGUUGUAUAUUAGAAUUAAACUGAGCACAAGAGAUUAUAGCAAUAACAAUGUGCUCCACUGGAGGCCUAACAACACAUGAGCCUGUUUUUAAUGAGGAAAGGUGGUUUUGUACUGUAACCGCAGAAAUGUUUGCAGUAAAAGAAAUCUUA